GCCAAGUUUCAGGCUGUGUAUUAUCACCCCACCUUCCAAAGCCAUUAGAUCUCCAUCAGUGCUUCCGUAUGGUGUGUUGUUGAUACGUACCAUAAUAACGUAUCGAUACUGUAUUGUACGGAACUUGAUGCUGUCGUCGCCAUCAAGCCACAAACCAAAUCCUCUCCAUCGUUGCUGCUGGCUAGAUAAGGCUGCUUCCUCCCUUGGCUUGCACUCAGCAUAAUUUCGUCCCAUACCCGCUGUCUUCCCCGAAUUAGCCUGCUGGCCAGCUACUUUACACCGUUGUCGUUGCCUACCUCCGACUACUUCUACCUGCGUACAUUCUUCCUCAUUAUCAGUCAAGAUGGGACCUACGAAGCCUAUCUUAUACCCACUUACCACCCCAAAGACUAUGAACUUCCCUUCCGAGCUGCGGGAGCAGACUUUCACCACAUGCCUGGACAUGGACGGGUCAUGCAGCGUUGAGAAGCGGGACGACGAGGAGAAUGACAUUGCCAUUACGCCUCCACCAGCCUAUACCGAGUUUCUCAACACCUUCAACCCCAUCUUCUCCAGUCCUACUUCCUCCCGCGCAAACUUUUCCAAGUAUAUGAUGGACAAGCCUCGUCCAUCGCCGGUGUCACCUCCCUCCAGCACCACCUCGACCACCUUCCCAAGCAGCUACCCCUCCAGAGGAAGCUCCCUGACCGUCCCUCCCCAAGCUCCCACACCUCCAUAUAGCGCCAAAAGUCCAAUUCAAAUCCAACGCAUGCGUCUACCACCGCCAUACGUCUACACACCUGUAUCUGAGUCCCCGCGCAGCGCACAUCCGCUCCGCUCACCCUAUUCCCCCUCAGACUGCUGGCGCAUCCGCCCUCUGGACUCACCUGCGAGUGAUUCUGGGAACUCGUUCAGCGUCCGACAUGUGGUGACAACUACAGUCACGUAUAAGCGGGCACCUCAGCUUGAACCCCCUCCUCAAGGCAAGCGAAGAAGAAACGGCAACCACCGGAAUGUGUAGAGAUCAUUGAUCUGGCUUCAACCGUUUCGUUCUCUGUCAGGCACAGCGGUUAUCAUUUAUACCUGCAUACUCAGGCUUUCCAAGUGGGGGCUCAGAAACGCUACGUGGGCCCAAGUUCAUCUUUUUCUUCUGCGAAAGACUUCUUGUCUCUUUUCCUUAAAGCUGUAUAGUCCCGGGUUUUCAUUGUUGAGUCUGGUACUGCAAGGCGGCGGCGUUUUGGGUGGGCGAGGGAGUUUUAACUGCAUUUGUAAAGAAUAUGUGAGGGGUUUGGCUUGCGUGUGUGGUUGUCUUGUUUUUGCUUGCAAUGCAAUUCUGAUCUUGUGGUUCUCAUGUAUCUGUGCUUCUUACCUGCUACCUGCUACCUAACACUACCAUCAGAACUCCUAUAACGACAUCCUUCAACAGCAGCA